AUGGGAGAAGCGAAGCCGGUUCAAACCGGCGGCGCGGGCCACCUGCGCGACCCCCGUCCUGAGCUGCACUUGGACCCCGAGACGAAAACACUGCUGCGCGCUGAUUGGCUGAGUGGGCUGGAAACAGGCGUUGGCCAAUCAGUAGGCACCCGCCCGCCCGGCCGCAAGCAGAAGCCGGUUCCGGCCGGACUCCGAGGCAAACAGGAGAACUGGGGGUGCUCUGGGCCGAGCCUCUGCUCCGCCACCUUAACCUGGAGUCACAGCCGGGCUGGACACCCCUGGAGACACUGCCCUAGCGCCUCUCCGGAGCCCCACCCCGAAGCCUUGCCCUGGGUGGAGUCUCGGGCCCGGCCUGCCCGGCCCCCAGAUGUCCCCAGCAUCACUCCGACCCCCUCGAGCACCCCGCUCGGCUUCUGCGCUCCGCUCUCAGCCCCGCCUUACAGCCCCCCAACUUCCCGAACUCUGCGCUGGCACCAGGCCUCGAUGCUCUGGCUCCCCGUGGGUCGCUGCACUCCCGCCGCCCGCACUGCCUCCUCCCAGCGCAACCCAUCCUGCUUCCUCCUGCCCCAGUCUCCCCCCAUCCAGGCAACGUUGGCCCAUUCCGGAUCUGCGGGCCCCAAGCGCGCUGUGCCUCUUCCUGUUCUCCUGAUCCACCGACCCCGCUCCUGGGUGCCAUCUGCCCGGUCCCUCGGGGACCCCCAGGAUAAAGUUCAAGUUCUCCAACCUGACCCACACAGGCUCCUUCCUCCCACCAGUCUCUUUCUCCCCAUGGAGGCUGGUUGACCUGCCUGGUCCUAGAUGCUCCCAUCACAUGCUGUUCUCUCACCUCUGGGCCUCAGAGUCCCUUUUUGGACAGCUCCUCCAGGAAGCCUUCCCUGACUACUCUCCACAAUACUUUCCAUUAUCUUUGUUCACUGAUUUUGUUAUAUAUCUUUAAUAUCUUUGAAAUAUAUAAAUCACUGAGAAAAGGGUGAAUACCUCAAAUGAAAUUGGGGAAAGAAAACAACCAGAUAAUCUAUAGGAAAAAUACAAAUAAAGAUUUGAAAAGAAGCUCAAUCUUAGAAUAAUCAUAGAAAAUCAGAUUUUAAUUAUACCAUUUUUAUGGUUAAAAAGCAAAAAUAAAAAUAUUUUUAUCGCCGAAACCGGUUUGGCUCAGUGGAUAGAGCGUCGGCCUGCGGACUGAAAGGUCCCAGGUUCAAUUCUGGGCAAGGGCAUGUACCUUGGUUGUGGG